UUCAUGAUUCUCUCGAGUCUUGCCUGUGCAAAGCGAGCUCUGGGUUACGACGACUUUGACCUGCGUCGACUCUCCCAGACACCGUCACCAUGGAGUCUUCCCUGCGCAAAGCAGCUUCGACGCUCUGCGGCCGCUGCACUGCGCCAAUGCGCAAGCAAUUGGUCCCUCGCCAUGCCUCAAGAUUGCUGAUCUCGGCAACUCACUCUCCGAUCCGAGCUCUGCACUCGUCGACAGCAUGCCAAACGAACCGGGGCGGCGCCGGUGAUAAAGAGUCUGUUGGGACCAGACGGGCUUUCACGUCGACCUCAAAGGCAGACAACGAGGCUGCAGCAUCAGCGGCGCAGGCUGGUCAGCAACCCAGGCUGACUGAAGACAACCUUUUCCACUCCUUCUCGAACUCGCCGGUGCCCGAAUUCCGCCAACGAGCUGCUUUCAUGAGGCAGCAUGCGUACUGCUCGCACCCCGACCACCAGCAUACAAAAGUCCCGACUGUGGCGCCCAAACCUGAAGAUGAGGUUGCGACUGGCGGUACGGCCCCUCCGGCUCAUGUGGAUUUCGAAUGCCCCGACUGCGGCUUCCCCAUGUACUGCAGCAAGGAGCACUGGAUGGAUGAUUACGAGAACCACUUGAAGGUCUGCGACACCCUCCGACAGAUCAACGAGGAUGACCAUGACCUUCGGUCUGGCCGCGUGUUCCACGAAGCCGUUCUGCCCGAGAACCAGCUGGAGGAGGCUAUGGUGAACAUGACGAACUGGGAUACCUUCAUGUACACCCGAGAAUUUGAUGCUGUCAACUCUGACCGCUCCAUGAGGCAGAUCACUCGCUUGCUGACGUAUCCCAUUACCGUCGGCAGUAUCCUGCACGAGCUCAGUCCGUACACGGUCAAGGCAGGCGAGCGACUGACUACAGAGGGCCUCAAGAGCUUUAGUGCCCUGAGGUACAACCUCCACCCACCAAAGUCCGGCAAAGGCCCAGGCGUCAACCAGCUGCAACCAGAGCCGCCUGCGGUGCGUGUCUUUUGCCUGGGCGCGCGCGCCGAGUCCUCCCUCCCACGCUCGGCUUGGGUACAGCUGGCGCAUCUGUUCCCCAACGCAAAGAUUCACCUCAUCAUGAUCGGACCGGAGAGCAUGGCGAACCGUGACGACGAGUUCCCCUUGCCGGAGAGGACUGCGUCCAACCCCUUUGGCGCCAUUGUCGAGGACCGUAUCUCGCACAAGAUGAAGAUCAGCACGUUUGUCGACUACUACCACUCGAUCCAUCAGACGGGACAUUUCGCGCCCUACGAUCCCUACUUUGAUUGCUUUGUCCUGUUCCAUCCCGGCCUCGGACAUCCUGCCAGCAGCCACGAGUGGGAAGACACACUCCCGCAGCUGUUGGAGACCAAGGUCCCCAUCAUCAGCACCGGCUACACGCAGUUCGAUCUCGAGAGAGAUGUCAAGUGGGUGAACGAAAAGUCCAAGGGCGAGUUUGACGUGCUCCUGGAGCCGGGCGAGAACAUUUUCCGCAGUCUACGCUGGGAUCUGAAUGACAUGGAUCCCCAAGAUGUCAGCUGUGGUAACUGGGGCGUAUGGGCAUUCCGCGGCAAGAGAUACGAGACGACGAUCAAGGAUGCUUAAAAUUCAUGCUAUGUAACCGUAUUGUAUGUACUACUAGUAGAUGUACCAUCAUUUGCAUUGUGGGCAGGAAGUGUAUAGACAAGUCUCGUGUUAGCGGAUUUCUUUUUCGCGGUGGAACAGUUCCAUGAGUACUUAGUUACUUAGCUUAUUUAGUACUUACACCAUGAAGCUAUGUCCUCCCUUAAACUCGACUCAAACAUCGGAAUAAACCGAAGUAGGGCGAGGAGCAGGAUGUCUGUGAAAGAAAAUGCAUGUGUACUAGGUACGUUCGUAGACGGUAGAUCCCAUCCUGACGCAUGCUGGGGUCAGGCAGGCAGGGGCUAACGCGGGAUGGAUGCGUUGGCAGCUGCAAGACGUGCAGCAAACGCCCAG